CGACGAUAAAGCGACUAGCCGUGUAUGUAAUUUCCAUCGAAAGAGAAGGUCAAAGGCCGGCCGUCAAGGUCUCAAACAAUUGCAGCCCGUCCACCUCCAAGAGAGAGGGAGGAAAAACAGAGAAUCAAAUGAAGAGAGAGAAACUAUCGAAGUUCCACGAAUCACUUCUCAAACAAUUGUAUCCACCUUCUCUUCCUCAGGUUGUGUCAGAACCAGUGGGACCUCAUGUUCAGGCUUUGAGGGAGAGUUCACCUGCGGGUACUGCCGAUUCAGACGAGUCAGAAUCCUUGAGUGAGAAUUAUGAAAGUGGCCCUCAAAAGCUCACAAGAGCACAAAGGAAGAGGUUAAAGAAACGAAAGCUUAAGGAAGCAGCUUCAAGUUUGAGGAGGAGGUUCAUUGGACCUACAUUACCUUCAAAUUGUGAACAUACUCGAUCGGAUCCUUCAUUUGAUCCAGCAGAGGCUGUCAAUCAAACUUUUCAGCAGAUUGAUCAAAGCAUGAAUAAGACUGGCACAGAACCGCAAGCAUGCCCUGCACGAAAUAGAAUCAAGCUGAGACGCAUUGCUAAAAGACAUCGCCAGAGAAUAGUGGAACCAUCUUACAAAGAGCAGCCUGUGUAGACUUCAAUCGUUUAUGGCUGGUGAAGAAUAGAGCUUGUGGUUGAUGAACCCGGUGCCGUAUUGGUAGAUUGUAAAAGCCUGGUUCUUACAUUUUCCUAUGCUGUUUGGUUAACAGAGAGCAGCCUGUCUAGACUUCAAUCGUUUAUGGCUGGUGAAGAAUAGAGCUUGUGGUUGAUGAACCCGAUACCUUAUUUGAGUUUGUAAAAGCUUAGAUUUUGAAAUUCACCAAAUAGAUGGUCUAGAUUCCUUA